AUGAAUUUCUCGCAGGCGUUCGAGGCCACCACUCUCGACUCCUUCGUCACAGGUCAAGUGCGAAAGAAGAUGGACGCUAUGGCUGAUGUUCUCAAGGCCGAACUUGAUGCCGCCCAGGGGCACAUCCGCGUCCUCAAUGUCCUAUACCAUAAAGGAGAUAUCGGCAUCACCACCGACGAGUUCGAGGAGAAUCUGGAGAACUUAGAGACAAAGAUUGUUCUCUGCCAAGUCAACCUAGCUGUGCUUCAACGCCACAAGAACCAAUUUAUCGGCGAAUAUAUCGAUGAUAUGGGAACACAAUUCGACGGUCGUAGGAUCGAUGAUGCCCUGACCAUCUUCAAGUCCCGCGAUGCUGCAGCACAAGAACGAUUCCGAAACGAUGUAUUCUCAGAAUAUGAUGCAAAUUUCGGUGAGCAUAAAUGGUGCUGCAUUUCUGGAUACACCGAGGAUUCCUGUGAUGUUGUCGCAGCUCAUAUCGUGCCGUACAAUAUGGGCGAAGUUAAUGCCGAGUACCUCUUCGGAAAGUCCGACCCAUCCAUGAAGAACGGCCACAUCAUGAGCUCUCAUAAUGGCAUUCCGAUGUUGAAAAGAUACGAGGAAAUGUUCGACGAUGGCCGUAUGACUCUGGUCCCGGUUCCCGGCACAACCAAGAUCCGGGUUGUUGUUUUUUCCGCUUUAGACCCCAACCCCACUGGUACCGCGAAGCAGCUCCAUGGCAAGGAACUGUCUUUCAGGAACGAUUUUCGCCCGUCUAAUCGCUAUCUUUACUACCAUUACGCAAUCUCCCUACUACGACGACAAAGACAUGCAGCCCCUGGGUGGUGGAGAACCUUUGGCCUCUAUGGGCGUCACACCACUUGGGCGACCCCGGGUCAGUUUUUACGGCAAUCUAGCAUGUUAACCCUAGCUCGAGAUAUCGGCCAUCUUCCUCCGGAGGAAGCAAACUUCUUUAUGUCCCCUCAGGGGCUUCCAGAAUCUGAGGCUCCCGAAUUUGACGGCCCUGACGAUGCGCAGAAAGACCUUGAGAUCGCCGCUGCAAUCAACAUGAAGCGGGGCCCAUUUGGCCUGAGAACCCCGUUUAUUAGAGAGCGUAGGGGAUCUGAUGAGGUGUGGAAAUUGGACUCUCAUAUUUCAGAGGAAUUUGCAGGCUAUUGCAACCCAACAGAGUAA